CUGGCUUCCCUCGCAUCCCUGUGCGAUGGUACUGUUUGCAGUGAUGCUCAGAGGGCAGGCACCUGCUGCUCUGUAAUGAUUCAGCCUCUUUCAGCCGCUGCUGCUUUAACACGACAGGAUGCUGUUGCUACUGUCGCUGCUGCCUCUCCUGCCUCCGCCGCUGCUGCCGCCACCGCCGCCGCUGGUCCUGCUUUUGCUUUUACUUCUCCAGCAUGACAGUUGUUUUCUUCCUCUAAGCAGACACCAGCUUCAGACGCUUGAGGUGAGAAACAUGCCUUUCAGUUUGGGCUACUGGUUUACUUAAUUAACCAGCCGUCGGCCCAGCUUCCUAUUUUUUUUUUGGCCCCUUUCUUCUUGACCAACCGGGAUGGUUUGGAGAAGCAUCUAAAAGAACUGGAAAAGUGGCCCAGAAACAGCUCAAGAUAUUUUGGUACACUUUUAUUUGGUAGUUGCAAGAAGCCUUUUCUUUUUCUUUAUUUCCUGCCUCCUCCUGAACUCUCUUACUUUUGAUAAUGGCUUCGGACUUGGAUACCUGAUCGAUUUUCCCCUCCAAGAUGCUGUAUCAUUUGGUUGGGGGGUGCUCUGCAUGGUAAUGGACUGUGAGAGAGACCAGGCCUUCUGGAGGUGAGCCGAUGGAGAUUUAUUCCCCAGACAUGUCUGAGGUAGCUGGCCAGAGGUCCUCCAGUCCCUCCACUCAGCUGAGUGCAGACCCAUCUCUCGAUGGGCUUCCGGCAGAGCACAUGCCAGACACCCAGACAGAAGAUGGGACAAACCCUGGACUGGUGGGCCUGGCGGUUCCCUGCUGCAUGUGCCUAGAAGCCGAGCGCCUGAGAGGGUGCCUCAACUCAGAGAAAAUCUGCAUCGUUCCCAUCCUGGCUUGCCUCCUCAGCCUCUGCCUCUGCAUUGCUGGCCUAAAGUGGGUAUUUGUGGACAAGAUAUUUGAAUAUGACUCUCCUACUCACCUGGACCCUGGGGGGUUAGGCCAGGAUCCUGUUAUUUCCCUGGAUCCAACUGCUGCCUCAGCUGUUUUGGUAUCAUCUGCGGCAUAUCCUUCACCUGUCUCUAGGGCUCCAUCUGGACCCGAGGUUCAAGUUACAGUGCAACUUGACAAUGUCGUUGUAGCCUCUGAACCUUCGCAGGUACCUACCUGGAAGCAUCAUCUGCCUGCCUUUUCUUCCCUCCCAUCUAAUGCACCGCCCUUCCCUUCACCCACCGGGACCCCUGAGGUGAGAACGCCCAAGUCAGCAACUCAGCCACAAACAACAGAAAGUAGUCUCCAAACUGCUCCCAAACUUUCCACAUCCACAUCCACCACUGGGACCAGCCAUCUUGUAAAGUGUGCGGAGAAGGAGAAAACUUUCUGUGUGAAUGGCGGAGAGUGCUUCAUGGUGAAAGACCUUUCAAACCCCUCAAGAUACUUAUGCAAGUGCCCAAAUGAGUUUACUGGUGAUCGUUGCCAAAACUACGUAAUGGCCAGCUUCUACAAGCAUCUUGGGAUUGAAUUUAUGGAAGCGGAGGAGCUCUAUCAGAAGAGAGUCCUGACAAUAACAGGCAUCUGUAUCGCCCUGCUGGUGGUCGGCAUCAUGUGUGUGGUGGCCUACUGCAAGACCAAAAAACAGCGGAAAAAGCUUCAUGAUCGUCUUCGUCAGAGCCUUCGAUCAGAGCGGAACAACAUGGUGAACAUAGCCAACGGCCCUCACCAUCCCAACCCACCACCAGAGAACGUACAGUUGGUGAAUCAAUAUGUCUCUAAAAACGUCAUCUCCAGCGAGCAUGUUGCUGAGAGAGAAGCGGAGACAUCAUUUUCCACCAGUCAUUAUACUUCAACAGCUCAUCACUCUACAACUGUCACCCAAACUCCGAGUCACAGCUGGAGUAACGGUCGUACAGAAAGCAUCAUUUCAGAAAGCCACUCUGUAAUCAUGAUGUCAUCAGUAGAAAACAGUAGGCACAGCAGCCCAAGUGGGGGCCCACGUGGACGUCUUCAUGGCCUGGGAGGUCCUCGGGAAUGUAACAGCUUCCUCAGGCAUGCCAGAGAAACCCCUGACUCCUACCGAGACUCUCCUCAUAGUGAAAGGUAUGUAUCAGCCAUGACCACCCCGGCUCGUAUGUCACCUGUAGAUUUCCACACGCCAAGCUCCCCCAAAUCACCCCCUUCGGAAAUGUCUCCACCCGUGUCCAGCAUGACGGUGUCUAUGCCCUCCAUGGCAGUCAGCCCCUUUGUAGAGGAAGAGAGACCACUGCUUCUCGUGACACCACCGAGGCUGCGGGAAAAGAAAUAUGACCACCACCCUCAGCAAGUCAACUCUUUCCAUCACAAUCCUGCACAUGAGAGUGCCAGCCUCCCGCCCAGCCCUUUGAGGGUAGUGGAGGAUGAGGAAUAUGAAACGACCCAGGAGUAUGAGCCAGCUCAAGAGCCUGUUAAGAAACUCGCCAACAGCCGGCGGGCCAAAAGAACCAAGCCUAAUGGCCACAUUGCCAACAGGUUGGAAAUGGACAGCAACACAAGCUCUGUGAGCAGUAACUCAGAGAGUGAAACCGAAGACGAAAGAGUAGGUGAAGACACACCAUUCCUGGGAAUACAGAACCCCCUGGCAGCCAGUCUUGAGGCGGCGACCCCUGCCUUCCGCCUGGCUGACAGCAGGACUAACCCAGCGGGCCGCUUCUCCACACAGGAAGAAUUACAGGCCAGGCUGUCUAGUGUAAUUGCUAACCAAGACCCUAUCGCUGUAUAAAAGUCAAAUAAACACAUAGAUUCACCUGUAAAACUUUAUUUUAUAUAAUAAAGUAUUCCACCUUAAAUUAAACAAUUUAUUUUAUUUUAGCAGUUCUGCAAAUAGUAAACAGGAAAAAACUUUUAUAAAUUAAAUAUAUGUAUGUAAAAUGUGUUAUGUGCCAUAUGUAGCAAUUUUUUACAGUAUUUCAAAACGAGAAAGAUAUCAAUGGUGCCUUUAUGUUAUGUUCUGUCGAGAGCAAGUUUUAUACAGUUACAGUGAUUGCUUUUCCACAGUAUUUCAGCAAAGUCUCCCAUAUAUUCAGUUUUUGCUGCUCCUGUGCAUUGCAUUAUGAUGUUGACUGGAUGUAUGAUUUGCAAGACUUAUAGCUGUCCCUCUGUUUGCUUCUAGUAGCACCCAAACAACACUGUCUUGAAAUGGCACAUCCAUCCCAAUACUCUUCUCUUUUGUACGAAAUUUUCUUUGCUUUGGGAUAUGAAAUGAGUUCUCUCUAGUCUGUCAGCCAAAGAUUUGCUUCAUUGGGCUCUGAGAUAAUAGUAGACCCAACAGCAUGCUACUAUUAAAUAUAGCAAGAAACUGCAUUAAGUAAUGUUAAAUAUUAGGAAGAAAGUAAUACUGUGAUUUUUAAAAACUAUAUUAUUAAUCAGAAGACAGCUUGCUCUUGCUAAAAGGAGCUACCAUUGACUUUAACGUUUUGUUAUUAUUGUUGUUCUUCGCAAAGAGCAACACUUUUAAGUAUAGCCUAGAGAAUGGGAUCUGGCUUGCUAUCAGGAUAAAUCUAACAGCUUAGAAAGGACUCAGUUCUACUUUCUUUUUGGAGGGGGCAAUGACCCAGCAACUCAUCUGUUGACCAACUAACCACAGCUGAUAAAGGUGCAAUAGUUUUCUGACUUGCAUUUUUCACUGACUUGGGACCCACUGGCUGGCUGUGUCUUCUGGGCUCCAGAAGAGACACAUUGUAGCAUGAAACCCUCUGCCCCAAGAGCACACUCAGCCAAAUGUCCAAACUCCUUCUAGAGCGCAAUGUGCUUAUGGUACAUAGCAGUGGUUUAUCCUUGUAGGAAAAUGUUCCAGUGGUAGGGUGUUUAGAAAGAAUUAACGUAGAAAUCACGGGGGGAGAGCAGCUGUGUGAUCCAGCUGACACCUUAGUUUGGUUGACCACUCCUUUCUUCCUACGAUGUUUCUCUUGUGUUUCAACAUUGUCUUAAGUCAUAACUAUGCAUGAAUCUUUUUUUGCCAGGAAUGGCCAAUGUGCAUGUGAUUUGUGAUUAGCAGGAACUUUCCACAGUGAGGCCUCACUAAGAAACGUCAGUAGUGUUGGGAGGAUGGCACCAUUACUUACGGACGUGACCCUCACCCGUGGACUGAUCUCUCUAGUGACAGCCUGUAUCUUCCACUCCCCUUCUCUUCAUUUUUCCCACACUACCACAAAAGCAGGACUCAGAUUGGUUUAAACUUUGUUCUCUUGUGACUGUAAAUCCAGUGAUGGUUUAUAGGUAUUAACAUUUGAAUUACUGCUAAUGAAUGAAAAAAAGAAAGUAAAGAAAAAAAAUGCAGACCCCAUUGUAUGCCCUGCCUGAUAUAUCUGUCAGUCAGGGCUGGAACUUGCUGAAGUUCCAAGUAGGCACCCAGGAGUCAUGGGGCAAAAUGGAAAACAGGUUAAUGGGGGCUCGAAAAAUCCGUGACAAUUAUUGUUUCUUGUUUCCAGUUAAGCUGAAUCUAUUUCUUUAUCAAAUUUUUAUGUUACAAAUUCAAAGGGGGAAAUGACAUGCAAAUAGGUCUUAGAAGAAACCUUCAGGCUGCCCAUGAGUCCGUGUUGUCAUACGCCUUCACUUUUCUAAGAUCUACUGAGAAGCUGUUUGCAGUUCCUUGAUGUUACUCUUACCAUUUGAUAUCUCUCAUUUCCUGCCAUGAUUCAUACGCCACUUUCUCUGUGCUCAACGUUAUCCUCCUUUGCUUUUUAACCUGCACGGAGGAACCUCUGUCAAGUAGAAGGCUGCACUGAUUUCCCAGAUCUGCAGAGAUUAGUCAGCUCAUAAUAUGGAGAAAAGGACAGUAAGCAUGAAGAGGGUCUUUAAAUUAUUAUAACCUUGCCUUUGAAGGCCUUGAUUCAUUCUGUAGUUUUUCAAUGAAGAAACCUCUACUGUUAUUUUUUAAAAAUUCUAUUCCAAGUGUAUUGUUCAUUGGAAUGUUAAGACAGCCCCUUCUGAAAAGUAAAUA